CAUCUUAGCAAAUAUAUAUUUCAUUAAGCAUAAUUGUUUCUGUAUGAUGCAAUUUUAUCUAUAAAAGACAGUUGAUUUAACUGUUGUAACAUGUUCAAUAAAAUAAAAGCAAAACUAUAUAUAAUGAAUAUUUAAAAAAUAUUCUCUUACGACAAAAGAUUGAUAUACUUGUACCUAAAGUAGCUAUGGAACACUGUGAAAAAAUGGAAACUUCGGAACAACCUGUUGUGUCAAUGUCAAUGUCAAUUGAAGAUCUAUCAGAAUCGCAGGAAACAGUAGGUAUACUAAUCAAGUCACAAAAUUCACCCCAAAAUGAAAUGGCAGAUAAAACAUUCAAAGAACAAACUGUAGAAGAAUUACAAAAAAAAGAUAAUAAUGAAGAUUCAUUAGAUGUAACCAAGGAUAAUAAAUGUAUAGAAGAUACAGAAAUAUCAGUCUCUUCUAGUUUGCUCUAUUAUAAUUGGUCUAAUGCACCAAAAUUAUUGUGUGAAGCAACGAAAGAAUUUCAACCUACGGAAUUAUAUGAAAAUUUUACAAAAGGCUGUCAGUGGUCUCCUGAUGGAACAUGUUUAUUAGUACCUUCUGAAGAUUUUAGAAUUCGAAUUUAUGAACUUCCUAGAGAAUUAUAUUCACAGAAAAUUCCCCCAACUUUGACAUCUACAAAUUUACCAGUAGCAUUAACUAUAAAAGAAGGAGGACUUAUAUAUGACACUUGUUGGUAUCCUUUUAUGAAUUCCUGGGAUCCGACAACUUGUUGCUUUUUGAGUACAAGUAGAGAAAGCCCUAUACACUUAUGGGAUGCUUUUAAUGGCGAACUAAGAGCAACGUACCGAGCUUACAAUCAAGUUGAUGAGGUUGAAUCUUCAAUUAGUGUUCAGUUUAUUGACUCAGCUAGAGAGGUCUGGGCUGGUUUUAAAAAUGCACUAAAAACUUUUGAUGUAGAACGUCCAGGUCGUCAAAUAAAUACUAUUCAGUUUAAAACAGAUUUUCCAAAUGUAACAGGAUUGGUCUCUUGUAUACGAGAAAAUCCUAUUAUGCCUGGACUAGUUGCAUUUGGAACAUAUUCUAAAUGCAUUGGUUUAUAUAGAGAUGGACCUCUAUGUACUUUUAAAACAGGAAGUGGUGUAACACAAAUCGAAUUCAGCUCUUGUGGAACAAAAUUAUUUUCAGCUGUUAGACGUAGUAAUGAAUUUCUAUGUUGGGACCUUCGCAACCCAGGCACUAUACUCUAUUCCCUUCAAGGGCGACAGUCUGACACGAACCAAAGAAUACAAUUUAAUGUGUCAUUCGAUGGAAAGCAAAUAAUCUCUGGUGGUACAGAUGGAUACAUUGCAGUUUGGGAAUUGCCAGAAGACAUAAAUUAUGAAGAUCUUAACACAAUGUACAAAAUAAAGCUAUCUAAUGAUUGCAUAAAUGGAAUAAGUGUACAUAAGAGUUUGCCAAUACUUGCUACAAGUACAGGACAAAGACUUUGUGAUAACACAAUACAAAACAGAGACAAUAGUGUUAGAUUAUGGUGCUUUUCUUGAUUAUAAUUUACAUAUAUGAUAAAUUAUUAUAAAUGUAAAUAUAUGUAUGUUAUUUUACAAUUUAUAAAUAAAUUAUUAAUACUCUUUAGUAAAGCAUUUUCUAGUGCUUUUAUAUGUGAUAUUAAUUCUAAAAAUGAAAGAAUACAUGUAUAUUAUAUAAGGGAAUGUAUAUUUUUAUUU